UAUGAAAUAAACAAAAACACGUGUGUUUGACCGAUUCCCAGAUUUGUGAUUCGUUGAUCUGUUUUUGAAUUUUUGUUGGAUUAUAAUUUUCCAAAUGGAGUUAUUUACCAUAAAUCGAUACGAUGAAACAAAGCUUUCCAAGGAAGAUGAAAUAACACAAGAAGAGCUUAUUUUGCAACGCCUACAGACACGGAUAAAUUGCAAAGCGGAACGUCGUAAGCAACAGAAUGUGAGUCUCGAAACAACGUCAGAUGAUAAUCCGCAGAAUAGUGUAAUCGAAGAAAAAUCUGUGGAAUGCGAUGAGCAGGACAAUGUUCCUACCAACGAUAAUAACCAAGAAGACGAAAAGUCCAGUUUAGUCGGAGAUGAACCAGUCGAAAAAGAUUCUGAAAUAAAAGAUGAGCAAACAGAUUUUUUGGUUCUGGGAGAUGACCGUUUCCGAAAAUUGAAACAGGUGGAUAAAAUUUUACCUCCAUGGUUGUCUCAUCCUACAAUAAUUGAUAGCGACUUUACUAGAAAAGGAAAAUCAAUCAAGAAGCUUCACUAUCUCGAUGAGCAGCUGAAGACAAACUUAAAAAAGAUGGGCUAUAAACGUCUCUUUCCCGUUCAAGAAGCUGUGAUACCCUGGAUACUGGAAGCUCAUCAAAAGCCGGCUCCUUUUUGGCCUCGAGAUGUUUGCAUAUCUUCACCCACGGGAAGUGGCAAGACGCUCGCUUUUGCCGUCCCAAUCGUUCAAAUGUUGCUCAAAAGGAUUGCUCCAGCUAUUCGUGCCCUGGUUAUUUUACCGGUGAAAGAACUGGCCGAACAAGUGUUUGGCGUUUUCGAGAAAUUAUGCGAAGGGACGAAAGUUCGACCAUUACUCCUAUCACGAAAGCAAGCUUUCAGCGUUGAACAGACAAAGUUAGUAGAGCGUUUCAAUGGCGAGUACAUCCCGAAGGUGGAUAUCAUCGUAACCACAGCUGGUCGAUUGGUAGAGCAUCUUCAUUCCACGACUGGCUUUACGCUGCGUCAUCUUAGAUUUUUGAUCAUCGAUGAAGCGGAUCGUGUGAUGGAUCAAAUCCAGAACGAUUGGCUGUAUCAUCUUAACAAGCACGUGAAGGCGGAGUCGGAUGAGUAUCUACUGGGAAGAACCGCUGGCCAGCUGUCACAAACGGAACUAUUCGAUAAGCCCCGCCAGCCACACAAACUGCUAUUUUCAGCUACACUUAGUCAGGAUUCGGAAAAACUUCAAACAUUUAAACUCUUUCAUCCAAAACUUUUUACGGCAGUGGCCGAUCCAGCGAAACGUUUAGUUGCACUUACCAAACAACAUGUUAACGACGAAGAAAAACGUGGCAAGUUUGUUGGUCAGUACGCAACACCUGCCGAACUGCGAGAGUUAAUCUGCAUGACGCAGUAUAAAAUCAAACCGUUGACCUUAUUUGCUCUGAUUAAGGAAAAUAACUACAAACGGUUUUUGUGCUUUACAAAUUCGAUCGAUGCGUCGCACAGGUUAUCUUUUGUAUUACAGAAGAUGUUUGGCAGUGAAUUGAUCAUUGAAGAGUGGUCGUCAUCGCUAAGUCCAAUGGCCAGGAAGCAUGUGCUUAGUCGGUUUACGCUUGGUAAAGUAAAUGGGAUUAUUUGUACCGACGCUUUGGCGCGUGGUAUCGAUAUAGAUGAUAUCGAUGUUGUUAUUUCGUACGAUAUGCCGCGACACAUUAACACGUAUAUCCAUCGGAUAGGUAGAACUGGUCGCGCAGGUCACCGUGGUACAUCAAUUACAAUCCUGAUUGACGAGCAACGGAAAAAAUUCAACUCGACCUUAGCCGAAGCUGGAAAGAGUGAACUGGAGUUAAUCAAUAUUGGGACUAAUGUAGAGGAAAAUUAUGCCGUUUUAUAUUCCAGUGCCCUAAAUGAUCUCCGCGAUGCACUUGAUCUGGAGAAACAAACAAUUAACCGGAUCCGUAAUGGAAUGUCGAUCGCCAGUAUGACCAAAGUCAAUCUACUGAGCAAGCUAAAGGAUCAGAUCGAAACCGAUGCAACUAAUUCAUCUGAAACGAUCAAAUCCUUAGUUCAUCUGCCGAAGGCUUGGACAAAUGAAGCGAUUGAGCAGCGCGCUUCCGUCAGCGACGAUAGAAAACGCAAGCAUAAAAGGUCGACUGAACAAGUGAUUAAAGGGAAAGCCGAAGAGCAACAAACAGAGAAAAAACGAAAGCUGUCCGAACAUGGCUCACGGACAGGUAAGGCUAAAAUGUUGACGGUAAAGAGAUCGAAUGUGAAUGCCAAAAAGUAGCAGUAUAUAUGUAACAGCCAGUCGAAUGUGCUGAAUUCUUUGGAUGACAUUCUGGGGGUUAUUCCGAACAGUCACUUUUUUAGGUGAGGUGACACUUUUUCGCACUCGCGCGAUCACCGAAGUCACCUAAGGUGAGACGAGUCACUCACGUGACUCUCUGUCACGCUAUUCUGGUGUGUCACCGCAUUCUGUUAGUCGUUUCAGGUGACAUAAAAGUGAAAAAAAUGAGAGAUGACGACGGUGAAAAAAAACAUUAAAUCGAAUCGUUGUCCGUUUAUAUUAUGAUUGGUAUUCGUCGUAUUUGUUGCUUUUUCAAGUAAUUGCAUAACAUAUUACAACUAUUUGUAGUAGUUUUGGUAAUUUAAAAAACUAAUACGGAAACGCUCACUAAUAAGUUUGUAUUUGUAAAAAGCACUGGUAGCAUUAUCAAAAGACGGCAUGAAUUGUUAAAAAUUAUAAAGUUCAACAAGCUUAUUGUGUAUUAAGACGGUUUGAUUUUUCAAACGAAUGCGGUUCGAUCGAAUCCGACUCGUGUCGUUGAGAAUGCAAAUCACAUUCGUUCGAAAAGUGAUCCGUCGUAAUGCAGAAUAAGCUUAAUAAUAAUGUUAUGACUAAUUUACUCUACCAUGUAGUUCUUUUUCGGAUGCCAGGUUUAGUAAUUACUGUUUCAUUGGACACAGAAAUUCGAAAACAGAUUUUUCUGCGUUCUUACGUAUAUAUAAAUCUUAUUUCAUUCGCAGUUCCAUGUACACUAGGUUGAUAUGUAAUAACUACACAUUAAAAGGUAUCAUUCAACACCCAAUCAGUACUUUUUUGCUUUGAUGUUACUAAUGUGGUCGUUAGCCUGACAUCCCGGAUGAUUUCUUCGACGAUAGUUUGAUCUCAUCCAGCCCAAUUUUUUUUGGUAGAGUGAUUGAACACGGGGUGCCAUUGAAUGGGUGCACGCCCUAAUAAACAUCGUGUGAUUUAAGAACCUAACGACCUGUUCAGGGCAUCAUCCAAACUAUGUGGAAUCGUUGGACUAUAUGGGUUAAAAUUUGUGUAUAAUAUUUUUUUUUAUUUUGGCAGUUUUGCUGCUUAAGAAACCUAUUGAUUGGGGAUCUGUUAUUUCGUCGGGAAAACACAGUCUGGUCUGUUAUGGUGAACGACAGAUAGAUGUUUUUGGUGAGACCAAAAAAAGUUUAGCUAGAACCGUAUAAUAAUGUCCUAUUUUCAUCAAUUGUGAAUAAAGAACCACUCUAAUCUAGGUCGUGAUCUAUGAUUGUGAGCGAUUGCAAAUUUAAAGCAAUUGGUUUUGCAUUUGAUCAUACAUUUAAAUUUAGAUCAACAUUCUGGGGUCAUUAUUUUAGCCAUUUCGUUGCUGUUGUACUAUCUUAUGACA